AUGGAGACUUGGAACACCUUUUUGGGGAUCAUCUUCCUUACAACUAGCUUUGGAUUCAUCAAGUCACAGAGAACUGUCUGCAGGAAGGCCUCUGUGGGAGAUGUCGUGUUUCUGGUAGACAACAGCAUCAAUCCUCAACAGGCCCGUAGCGUGCGGAACUUCUUGUCCACGCUGGUAAAUGGCUUCCAUGUCAGCAGAGAUACCAUCCGUGUGAGUCUGGCCAAGUACAGCAAUGAACCCAGUUCAGAGUUCCUCCUUUCUACCUACCACCACAGAAUCGAUGUAUUGAGGCACAUUCAGAGGCUUCCAUUUAAGCCUGGAGGCAGGAAGACGGGCCUGGCUCUGCAGUUCAUCCUAGAGCACCACUUCCAGGAAACAGCAGGCAGCCGUGCAAGCCAAGGGGUGCCUCAGGUCGCCAUGGUGAUCAGCAGUGGCCCAGCUGAGGACCGUGUCCAUGAACCUGCAGAGGCACUGAAGAGAGCAGGCAUCCUGCUUUAUGCUGUUGGCAUCAGAGAUGCAGUUGGGACAGAGCUCAGGGAGAUGGCAAGCAGUCCUGAGGAGAAGUUUGUCACCUUAGUUCCCAACUUCCCUGGCCUGGGCAGUCUUGCCCAGAGGCUGCGUCAAGAGCUCUGUGAUACUUUGGCAAAGGCAGUUCAACCUGUUGACCACAUCUCUCCAGCUUGCAGAGAAGUGGCCCUGGCAGACAUUGUGUUCUUAGUGGAUAGCUCAACCAGCAUUGGACCCCAGAACUUCCAGAAAGUGAAGAACUUCCUUUACUCUGUUGUCUUGGGGCUUGACAUCAGCAGUGACCAGGUCCGAGUGGGACUUAUCCAGUAUAAUGACAACAUCUACCCAGCCUUUCAGCUGAACCAGUAUCCUCUGAAGAGCAUGGUCCUGGAGCAGAUCCGGAAUCUGCCCUACCGCCCAGGAGGCACAAGCACGGGAAGUGCCCUGGAGUUCGUCAGGACCAACUACCUGACUGAGGCAGCUGGCAGCCGGGCCCAGGAAAGGGUUCCUCAGAUAGUUAUCCUGGUGACAGAUGGAGAGUCAAGUGAUGAAGUCCAGGAGACUGCUGACAGGUUGAAAGCAGAUGAAGUUGUUGUGUACGUGGCAGGAAUUAAUGUUCAGGAUGUCCAGGAGUUGCAAAAAAUAGCCAGUGAACCAUCUGAGAAGUUUCUCUUCAACACCGAAAACUUUGACAUCCUGCAGGAUCUCUCAGGAAGCAUCCUUCAGACUCUGUGCUCUGCAGUGGAGGGUAAUAUUAAAGAAUUCAACAAGGCUUAUGCAGAUGUGGUCUUUCUUGCUGACACCUCUCAGGACACAUCACAGGCCAGUUUCCAGUGGAUGAAGAAUUUCCUCUCCAGAGUGGUUGGCAUGCUGGAGGUUGGCAGGAACAAGCACCAGAUUGGGCUGGCUCAGUAUGGCGAUCAAGGUCACACUGAAUUUUUGUUCAAUACCUACCAGACGCAGAAUGAGAUGAUUGUUCAUAUCCAGAAGCAGUUUAGGCUCCGGGGUGGCUCCAGGAGGACAGGCAAGGCUCUGCAAUACCUUCGUCAGACCUUCUUCCAGGAGGCAGCAGGAAGUCGGUUUCUCCAGGGUGUUCCCCAGUAUGCAGUGGUCAUUACUUCGGGCAAGUCUGAAGAUGAGGUCUGGGAGGCCGCACAGGCACUGAAGGAGAAAGGUGUGAAAGUCAUGUCUGUGGGGAUGCAGAACUUCGAAAGGAAAGAAGUAGAGGGGAUGGGAACCCCAUCCCUUGUAUAUGAGAUCCAAGGAGAGGAUGGACUCAGACAGAUGCUGCAGGAUGUGCGUAUGGUGAUCCAAGAGACUGGGCAGCCAGCACUAAGGACCCAGGUCAAUGAGGAGGCUGCUGUAGUGUGUCCAAUUGCAGUUCCAGCUGACUUAGUAUUCCUGGUUGAGGAAUUUAGCAGGGCUAAUCAAGCGAAUUUCCAACAAGUUGUCAAUUUCCUAAAGUCCACUGUCAGAUUGCUAAGAAUCCAUCCUGAUGCUGUGAGAAUUGGCUUGGUCUUUUACAGAGAGGAACCACAACAUGAGUUUUCACUGAACACAUUUCAGAAUCCAGCCCAAAUCUUGGAGCAUUUGGAUAAAUUAACCUACAGAGGAAGAGAAGGAAGGCUCAAGACUGGUGCUGCUUUGGAUUUCCUAAGGAACAGGGUUUUCAUUCAGGAGAAAGGCAGCCGGUCCACGCAAGGUGUGCAACAGAUAGCUGUGGUCAUCACAGAAAGCAUCUCCCAAGAUAACGUGUCCAGACCAGCUUCUCUCCUCCGUAGGGCAGGGGUUACCAUCUAUGCAGUGGGUACCCAGCUUGCCUCAGAGAGCAAGGACCUGGAGAAAAUGGCGUCCUAUCCUCCUUGGAAGCAUGUGGUCUCCCUGGAGUCUUUCCUGCAACUCUCCAUUGUGAGGAGCAAGAUUAAGAACCAACUCUGCACUGAAAUUGUGGGAAAAAUGGAUUUAGACUUUGGAGUGAGCAAUAUACCACAAGAAGGUUGUGUGCAUAUUGAGAAGGCAGAUAUAUACUUCCUCAUUGAUGGUUCUGGCAGCAUCCCACAUGAAGAUUUUCUUGAAAUGAAGGUGUUCAUGAAGGAGAUGAUAAAUAUGUUCCAGAUUGGGCCUAACAAAGUACAGUUUGGAGUCGUUCAAUACUCAUAUAAAACACAGAGUCAGUUUAUCCUCAGCCAGUAUCCCAGUGUGGCAGGGCUGAAGGUAGCCAUUGAUGGCAUCCAGCAGAUGGGAGGUGAUACCAACACAGGUCAGGCCUUGAAUGAUAUGAAGCAAAUCUUUGCAAACACUGCCCGUGGCAAUGUACCUCGACAUCUCAUAGUCAUCACUGGUGGGAAAUCUGAUGACCCAGUGGCUGAGGCGGCAGAGGCCUUGAGGGGAGGUGAUGUCAUCAUCUAUGUGAUUGGAGUACGGGAUGCUAACAUGGAUGAGCUUAGAAAAAUUGCUAAAGACAGGAUUUUUUUCAUUAAUGAGUUUGAUUCUUUGAAGGUCAUCCAACAAGAAGUGGUACAGGACAUCUGCUCCUCAGAGAUCUGUAAGGAUAAGAAAGCAGAUAUUAUCUUCCUGAUAGAUGGUUCAGAAAGCAUCUCCUCAAAAGACUUUGACAAGAUGAAGGGAUUCGUGGAGAGAAUGGUGAACAUAUCUAAUAUUAGUCCUGAUGAUGUUCAGAUUGGCCUUUUGCAGUUCAGCUCAGAACCUCAGGAAGAAUUCAUGCUCAACCAAUACUAUUCGAAGGUGGACAUUCGCAGAGCCAUCUCGAUUGUUCAGCAGAUAAACGAUGGCACCCGCACUGGGAAAGCCCUGAAUUUUACUCUGCCUUUUUUUGACAGCUCAAGAGGAGGGAGAUCCAGUGUUCAUCAGUAUUUGAUUGUGAUCACCGAUGGGGUUGCGAAGGAUAACGUAGAAAUACCAGCCAAGGCCCUCAGGGACAGAAACAUAAUUAUUUUUGCCAUUGGGGUGGGGGAAGCCAAAAAGUCUCACCUUUUGGAGAUUACUAAUGACCAGGACAAAGUGUACUAUGGAGAAAAUUUUGAGUCCCUUCAGAAUCUGGAGAAGACAAUUCUUUAUCAGGUCUGUACCCCACAAGAAUGCAACAUGGAGGUGUCCAUAGGAAUUGAUAUCUCAACUUCCAAAAGGCGAGUUCAGCAGACUCUUCAAGACUUACUGCCAGAACUAAUGCAACAGUUGGCCUUCCUUUCCAACAUCAGCUGUAGUGUUCCUGGUCAGGUCCACACGAGAUUCCGUUACUUGGUUUCUGGCCCAUAUGGGCAGAUUAUCUUUGACUCACACUUUGAGAAUUCCAGUGACAAGAUCACCCAGGUGUUCUUGGCUGCCAAGAACAAUCGUAUGGAUGUGGAUUUUUUGCAUUCCUUGGGAGAAGUUACUGUCCUGACUUCUGCUAACGUGAAGGUCCUUUUAGUGUUUACAGAUGGACUGGAUGAUGAUUUAGAGAGACUUAAGGAAAAAUCCAGGCUCCUCCGCACUGCAGGGCUCUCUGGACUCCUAAUCGUUGCCUUGGAAGGUGUCCAGAAAUUAGAAGAGCUCCAGGAGCUGGAAUUUGGCAGAGGAUUUGGAUAUAAGCAACCUCUGAGCAUCACACUGCGAUCCCUCCCAAAGCUCUUACUGAAGCAACUUGACACAAUUGUAGAAAGAACAUGCUGCAGUAUGUACAGGCAAUGUUUUGGAGAAGAAGGAGACAAAGGAGAUGGUGGGAGUCCUGGGAGCAAGGGAGAAAGGGGUCCUGAUGGAUUACCGGGCCAUCCUGGUGAAGAAGGUGUACCUGGAAAAAGAGGCCCCCAAGGUCUUCCUGGACUCCGAGGGGAGGAAGGAUGCCCUGGUCUGAGGGGACCUAAGGGAGCAAAAGGAUUUUCAGGAGAGAAGGGUGUCCCUGGUGAGGACGGUAUUGACGGCUUGAAUGGAGAACAGGGUGAACGUGGAGUCCCAGGGUCAUCUGGAGAAAAAGGAAGCAGAGGAAAUCGGGGCUUGACAGGACCCCCAGGACAACUUGGAGAACAUGGAAUGCAAGGUGUAAAGGGAGAUCCUGGAGAUCCUGGAAGUGAUAGUUAUAUCCAGGGCCCUAAGGGAGAAAAGGGAAGGCGUGGGCAUCAGGGAAGUUCUGGUUUUGAUGGACUUCAAGGGGAAACUGGAAACAUCGGCCCUAAUGGGCCAAGAGGAAGACAAGGUCAGCCAGGGUUGAAGGGUUUGCAUGGACAACCUGGCAAACAGGGUUACCAAGGAGAGCUUGGGUAUCCAGGCCCACAGGGACCAGGAGGAAGACAAGGAAUACCAGGAGUUUUGGGAGAAAAAGGCUUACUGGGUGCUCAGGGGAAUCCUGGGUCUACAGGACCAAAGGGUUCUAAAGGAAAAGCUGGGCCACCAGGAAGGAAGGGAAAGUCUGGUGAACCAGGAGAAGAAGGCCCACGGGGACCACAAGGACUGAGAGGGCAGCCUGGUCUUCGUGGUCCAGAUGGAUAUGGAAGGCCAGGAAGAAAAGGAGUGAAGGGCAAACAUGGAUUUCCUGGCUAUCCUGGUGCACAAGGAGAAGAUGGUGACCGAGGCCACAGAGGAGAGAAGGGGGCAAAGGGAAUCAGAGGGAAGAGGGGUAAUGCUGGCUUUCCUGGGUUUGCUGGAACUCCAGGGGAGCAAGGCCCACCAGGAAAAAUGGGUGUCAAGUCCCCAAAAGGUUUGGUAGAGAUGAUGCCUUGCGAAAUUGUCACUCUCACCCGAGAAAACUGCCCUUGCUCAAUAGGUGUUUCCAAAUGCCCUGCGUUCCCAACCGAAGUGGUCUUUGCCCUGGACAUGUCAAAUGAUGUCUCCCAGUUGGAUUUUGAAAGGAUGAGAGACAUUCUGUUAUCUCUGUUGUUGAAGAUGGAAAUAAGUGAGACUAACUGCCCAACGGGUGCCCGAGUGGCCAUCGUUUCAUACAGUGACAAAACAGAUUACCUGGUUCGCUUCUCAGACUACAAGGGGAAGACUGCCCUCUUGCAGGCUGUUAGGAAAAUCCCUCUGGCACAGUCAUCUGGCCGCCGGAGUCUUGGGACCACCAUGAGGUUUGUGGGGAGACACGCAUUCAAACGUGUGCGCUCAGGACUUCUUAUGAGGAAGGUGGCUGUAUUCUUUGAUGUAGGCUGGAUCUAUGAUACAGCUUCCAUUAACAUAGCUACACUGGAACUCAGUGCACUGGACAUUAUUCCUGUGGUCAUCACCUUCACGAAGGAGCACAACCUCCCAGAUGUUCUGUUGAUGGAUGCAACCAAAAGAUUUCACCUGUUCAUCUGGGAGACUGUGAGGCAGCAAGAUGUGGAGUACCUGGCCCGCUGCACUCUCUGCUAUGACAAAUGCCGACCCCACCCGGAUUGCGACCUGGGAGCACCCAGGCCCCUGGAGGUGGACGUGGAUGUGGCGUUCGUGGUGGACGGCUCUCACAGCGUCAGCACCAAUGUGUACCUUGCAGCCUUGGGCCUAGUGGCCACUACACUCAAUGACCUGGAGGUGGCCGAGCAACCCAGUGCAUCCCACCACGGGGCACGCGUGGCUCUGGUGACAUACACGACGCCUGGCUUCAGGCCUGGAAGGGGGCACCCUCCAGUGACAGAGAAUUUCCAUCUGACCUCCUAUGGUCACCGGUCUCAGAUGCAGCAGCAUGUCCGUGGGAUCGCGGACCACCCCCCACAGGGAGCCGCUGCCCUGGGUCAUGCCCUGGAGUGGACGCUGGAGAAGGUGCUCCUGGAAGUCCCGCUGCCGCGGAGAGCGCAAGUCCUUUUCGCCAUCGUGGCCAGUGAGACCAGUGACUGGGACAGGGAGAAGCUAAGGACUUUGUCCCUGGAAGCCAAAUGCCAGGGCGUCGCUCUGUUUGUGCUGGCCUUAGGUUCGGGCGUGGGACCCCUGGAGCUGGCUGAGCUGGAUCAUGUGGCCAGCACCCCUUCUGAGCAGCAUCUGCUGCGCCUAGAGGGGAUCUCAGACUCAGAGGUGGACUAUGCCCAGGGAUUUAUACGAGCCUUUUUCAACCUCCUAAAUACGGAAACAAACCAGUACCCACCCCCAGAGCUCAUUAAUGAAUGUGGGGGACCGAACCGUGGGGACACUCGGCUGAAAUCAGUCAUGGCUAUCAAGAGGUUGCCCAAGCGCCAGUUUGAUGUGUCUGUCUUUGCUGAGGACUUGGAAGCAUAUGAAGCAACAGAUUUUUUUCUAGGGGGAGAGAGAAAAGCCAUGAUAGCAUCUGUAACUCAACAAGAACUUGAAAAUUAUUAUGAAAAGAACAAAUAUGACUCUGGAAAUAAUAAACAAGAAACACCAGCAAAACAAGAAGAAACAAAAGAACUAAAUUUAGGCACCACUUAUGAUCCUUGCUUCAUGGGACCAGAGGAAGGCAAGUGCCAGGAAUACAUCCUGAAAUGGUACUACAACAAGGAAGAGCAGGUUUGCCAGCAGUUCUGGUAUGGCAGCUGUGGGGGCAAUGCCAACCGAUUCAACACCAAGGAAGAAUGUGAGACUCAGUGUGUCCAAACACCCCUAAGGAAUUAG